AUGUUCAGCCGGGGUUGCGGGGUAAGCGCAAUAAGGUACCGCGACCUCGGCACAGAGCAGGAGAAGGAACAGGGGGGUUUCAAAGGACCUCUAUCAGAAUAUGACUUCAUCAUUGUAGGGGCAGGAUCAGCUGGUAGCGUUCUAGCUUCCCGUCUCACUGAAGACAAAAGAACUACGGUCCUGCUCAUAGAAGCUGGUCGUGGAGAAUCGAUAAUAACAGAUGUACCUAUUCUUGCACCGUUGCUUCAGCAAACUGAUUAUGUUUGGCCUUACGUCAUGGAGUACCAGCCAGGAGUUUGCACAGGUAUGGUGGAUGGGAAGUGCUUCUGGCCGAGAGGUAAGGCGGUGGGAGGUACAAGCGUGGUCAACUACAUGAUCUACACCAGGGGCAUGCAGGAGGACUGGGACAGGAUCGCUGCCGCAGGCAAUUAUGGAUGGUCAUACAACGAUGUUAUACCGUACUACAUAAAAUCCGAACGGGCCGAUCUGAAAGGACUAAGAAACUCGCCGUGGCAUGGACGCGAUGGUGAAUUAUCCGUGGAAGAUAUCCCGUUCAGAUCUAAGUUAUCUAAAGCCUUUUUGGACGCAGCGAAAAUAUACGGUCAUCGCCGAGUGGAUUACAACAGUCCGGAUGCAUUUGGAUUCAAUUAUAUUCAAGCAACAAUUACCAAAGGACAAAGGGCCAGCAGCGCCAAAGCGUUCUUACAUAAAAACAAAAAGAGGAAAAAUCUACACAUCUUAGUAUCUAGCAGGGCAACAAAAGUUAUUAUAGACCCUAAAAAUAAACAGGCAGUUGGUGUUGAAUUCCAUAAAAAUGGACGAGUGUACCAAAUCAGGGCCAACAAAGAAGUGAUACUGUCAGCCGGUCCCAUUGAAUCACCACAUUUGCUAAUGCUUUCUGGCAUAGGACCAAGAAAACAACUUCAAUCCUUUGGAAUACCCGUGAUACAAGAUCUAAAAGUGGGUGAAUCAUUAUAUGAUCACAUUUCUUUCCCAGCACUGGCUUUUACUUUGAAUCAGACUAGAUUAACACUCGUCGAGAAGAAAAUAGCCACAAUACAGAAUACAAUUCAGUACGAUCAAUAUGGUGAUGGUCCUAUGUCGUCUUUGGCCGGAGUCGAAACUAUUGGUUACAUAAAAACUAAUAUUUCCAACGAAGUUGGUGAUUAUCCAGAUAUUGAAUUGCUGGGCUCUUGCGCUUCUUUAGCUUCUGAUGAAGGAAACAUUGUAGCCAAAGGUAUUCGAAUGGCAGAUUGGCUUUACAAUGAUAUUUACAAACCAAUAGAGAACGUCGAAAGUUUUACUAUACUAUUCAUGUUACUACAUCCUAAAAGUAAAGGUUACUUGAGGUUGCAAUCAGCUGAUCCCUUCCAACAACCUGCUUUAUAUGGUAAUUACCUAACGCAUCAGCAGGACGUGGACACAAUGAUAGCUGCAAUAAGGUACAUCAUCAAACUCGUAGACACACCACCAUUCAAGAAAUACGGAGCAAAAUUGCACAAAAAGAAAUUCCCGAAUUGUAAUCAAUAUGAGUUUGGAAGUGAUAAUUAUUGGGAGUGUGCCGUGAGGACGGUGACUGCAACGUUGCAUCAUCAAAUAACAACGUGUAAGAUGGGUCCUCCCACAGAUCCAGAGGCCGUAGUAGACCCAGAACUGAGAGUGUACGGAGUCGGCAAUCUACGUGUCGUCGACAGCAGUAUUAUACCGAGAACGAUAGUUGCUCAUACUAACGCGCCAGCCAUCAUGAUUGGAGAAAAGGCUGCUGAUAUGAUUAAAAGAACUUGGAAAUUGUACUGAAUAAAAAAUGUGAAAUUAUCCAGAGAUUAAAACUAGUUUGAACAAAUAUCCAUGAUCAAGAAAAAGCCACCGGUAAGAUGUGUAUGAAAUCAUUGGAGUGAUAAAUUUCUUUAAAAUUUAGACAUAACCUUGUAUUGAGGUUAUUUAAUUUUAGGCUAUUUUAAUAUUAAUAGAUAGGUAUAUGAAAUCUGUAG